GAGAAAGGGGCUUAGAGUAGGAACAUCUUUAGACCAGUAAGUUUGACGCCCUCCGCCCCUCGCACAAAUGUAUGGAGGCACUGCGGCACAUUGCGCACACUUGCGGGCUGCGUGGCUCUGCGUUCAAAAGGAGAGCGGAAGACGGGAGGAGGGGAAAGACUUGCCAAGAGGGAGGGGAGCUCGAUUUCCUUUCCCCGGAGCACACGCCGCUAGAACACACCGGGAGAAAGAGAGAGAGGGGGAAUACUCUUGGCGGAGAUAGAAACCGCGAAACGGGGGGGAAAAAACAACCCCGUCCGUCGUCAACCUUUCUAGCUACUUGCGGACUAUUAUGGGGGCAAAGGGAGCGCUCCUGACCGGGCUCGACUUGCUGUGAACCUCCGCGCUUGUGGUCCUAGUCUACGAGGAGAACACAGGCGACAUGUUGAGGGGCUUUUUCGUCUUGCGGUAGGAUGUUCUGUCUCUUAAUCGAGAGGCCCUCACUGUAAAAAGAAGGGGGGGAAGAGGCUGAUUCCUAAUGGACAUUUUGGCGGUAGGCAGCCAUUUGUUGUGAUCGCUGCUGAUUUAUUUGGUUUGUUCGAGUCAGACAUAGCACAGGCCUCUGCAAGCUGGCGCCGUCACUGUAAAUAGUAGGCGCUAUAUUUAAACAUCUUUAUCGUGCAGACUCACGUUUAUUUUGUGUGUUUGAAAAGGGCUUACUCUAAGGCCUAUGCAUUUUAACUAGUUAAUUUACCCUUCAGUUGCACGCACAAAGUGCGAAAACAAUCGUCCUCCUUUAACCCCAGUAGGGGAGAAUAAGAACCCCUUUCUCUCUCUCUAUAUAUAUAAAUGUUAAUGUCGACCGACGUUGCAUCGAUCAUGCUGCCCGUGUCCCGUGGACUUCUGGAGCGGGAUCGAGAUCUUGACGCCCUUGCCGGAGUGCAUCCCAACGUGGGCGGCGCUCCUGCUGUUGUCCGGGGAAUGAAGCGUGGAGACCCGGAGCCCGAUGGCCAGACAGCGGCCUGCCUGGUCGACUCGACAGGGGCUGAGUGCAAGCGCCCUCGAAUGGAUUGCUCGGGAGGGAUUGGCGACAUUGGACAGAAUAACGAUCCACUGACCCUCGGUUACCAUGGAUACCCACCUCACAGCCAGGGUUCCCAAGAUAGUACUUCUGGUCAGGAGGGACUCGUACCGCCGCCUUUCGCAGCCUUCCCUCCUCCUCCUCCACCCCCUCCCCAGAACGGCCUUGCCCUGGAUUACGGCGGCAGUCUGUACGCGGCGGGCGCCGUGCAGGGCCCAGUGGAAGCCGGCGGCGCAGUGAACAGCGUCGUCAAUGUUGUCAACAGCCUCGGUGGCCAAUCAGAUGGCUCCUCGCAGAUUGAUGGCCAGUCAGGCUCAGGAGGAGGGGGAGGUAGCGGCGGGGGGAGCAUCGGAGAUGAUUCAGACGCCAAGGGGACACCCAAACGCCUCCACGUGUCCAACAUUCCCUUCCGCUUCCGAGACCCAGAUCUGCGGCAGAUGUUUGGGCAAUACGGCAAAAUUCUUGAUGUCGAGAUCAUUUUCAACGAGAGAGGAUCCAAGGGCUUCGGUUUUGUAACAUUUGAGACGAGCGCAGAUGCAGAGAGGGCCCGAGAGAAGCUUCAUGGUACCCUCGUGGAAGGACGUAAGAUUGAGGUCAACAAUGCCACGGCCAGAGUGAUGACAAACAAGAAGAUGACAACCCCGUACACUAAUGGAGAGGGUCUUGCUGCUCUACCAUAUGCUGGCUGGAAGUUAAGUCCUGUGAUGGGCGCCAUGUACAGUCCCGAGCUCUACACGGUGCCAGGGUUUCCCUACCCAGCGGCAGCUGCAGCGGCCGCCUCCACGGCCGCGGCGACCUUCCGCGGCGCUCAUCUGCGAGGUCGCGCGCGGCCCAUGUACAGUGCAGUCAGGGCGGCUGUGCCGCAACCUGCCAUCCCCACCUACCCUGGACUAGUGUUUCAGGACAUUAGUGGCAGAUUGCCUCAGGGAGGCUACGCCACGUAUCGUUACGCCCAGCCGACAGCCGUAGCCACACCCGCGGCAGCGGCGGCGGCGGCGGCAGCAGCUUACAGUGACAGCUACGGACGAGUCUACACAGCUGACCCCUACCAUGCUGCACUUGCCCCAGCUGCCUACGGUGUUGGAGCCAUGGCCACGCUGUACAGGGGGGGCUACAGUAGAUUCACCCCUUAUUAAAGACACUACAUUUCUCAGGAGCUCUUUCAUCUGAAAGCGCUCCGUCAAUUGUUGCGAAAGUGGACUGCACCCAACUUGGACUCAACCACACCAAGUUCCCAUCCAAGAGAAGUCCCAUGUUUUCAUACACAGAAAUAGAGGAAUGCUGUAUCAAAGACUGAUGGCUGGCUGGCCUUGACCUUAAAAAGAAAAGAGAAAAGAAGGCAAAAAUAGCCACCUUCCCUUAUUGCACGGCUGUAUUAUAGUCCCACUUCUCAGUCCUUCCUCACUCAGCAGCACAAGACUUGUGAUGGAACCCAGAUGUUCUUCCAAAGGCUCUUUUCGUUUACCUUUGAAUGGUUUGUCUUUGAGAAUGACUUGCACGUUCAAGCUCAACUGUGGCAGUAGGGAUGCGAGGAAAAGCUCGCUGAUGGGUUGUGGCUGAAUAGUAAAGGAGAGAAUUCGCCGGCGGGCACAGAGACUCAACAUGGCAGCUUGGAAAGAUGACUGAAAGCUGAGGGAGGGAGGCUUACUAGCGCCGGUCCUUACCUCAAAUUUUCUCACUAUACGGAAACGGUGAACCUUUAAAUUAUAAUAUGCAAAUAAAUUAGUUUAGAGUCAGUUACCAAAUUUAGAAUCAUUGAAAUCCCUAUAGGUUUUAUUUUUCUCCCUGACAUCAGCUAAACUUUGCUAGCGAGGUUUUGGCCCAGCGUGUUCUCACACAGAAUUUGGUAGCAUAUGGUAAAAAAAACAGACACGUUUACUAAUUUGCUUUUUCCUCAAAUAAUAACCAUGACAUGGUUUAGUGACUCAACUGGUAUUAGGGCUAGGGCUUUGUUACUUGGACAAUUGCAUUAUUUUAAGUUGAAAGCAUUUUAUCUACAAAUAUCUCAUUCAAACAUGUAUAGUAAAAAAAAAAUGUAUUAUAGCAAAUAUAUCACUUAAUACCGAAGGGUCCAUCUGCAGUUCGUGUCAUUUUCUGGACAUCAAAUGGGUGUUUGUGUUUCACAACCAUGUUAAAAAAAGGCUUUUGCUCCACUUGGCAAGACAGAGGCACCUAAGUCUCCAAAUGUUAGCUUUACAGAUGCCAUGUCUGCCUGCCAGAUGGAAAUGAUAUCUCUCGUGACGUGGUGUUAUCAGUCAUAGUGCCAUCUGAAGGGAGAUCAGAGGUGUUAUCAUUUUUUUCUGUGAUUAACUGGGGCAUGGCAUGGCGUCUAUUAGUGAAUGAAAAAAUAUAACAAAAAAAUAAGGCUGUCAUUUUUCAGAAUAAGUCAUAGUAAAACAACUUCCAAGCAAGCAUUUUUUUUUGCUUCUACUAAUUAUAGUCUGUUUUGGUAUGGGGUCUGAAAAAAUCCUCAUUAAAAUAUGUUGAGGCCUUAAAAAGUGAAAAUAAGCAUCGGUAAAGUGAUGUUUUGCCUCUUGGCCUCCGGCACGGAAUGUCACCCACACUCUGUGCAUGUGCUACGACGCACCAAAAGUGCAACACUAAGCUGAUGGCGCUCUUACUUAGAGUAGCUAUUUUUUAAUUUUUUUUUAUGCUUUGAAUCUACUAAUUCAAGUAUUCACUGUGUAAACGUUAGAUUCUUCCCUCAGGCUCCGUAAUUGAUGAGUAACUCCAACGCUGAUUAAGUCUUCCUGAAAAACAAAAUAGGUGAUAGUGAGAGAGAUUCUGUCAAGUUAAUGGGGAAAAAAAAACAAUAUUUAAAUGCAAAACACCUUACUAUUGUGCAUAUUUCUAUACUAUUGUAUUCUAUAUUUCCAGAUGUGGCUUUUUUGGCUUUUUGUUUUUGUUCCAAAGAUUUGUAGAAAGCACAUUUUUUGGAAUAUAUGUAUAAAUAUAUUAUCUUUGUUAAUGUCAUCCUUGAUGAUCCUAUUGCUGUCUUUUACUUUGUGUUCUUUUUAUAUCCGCAAGUGUUGUUCCUCCUGAAAAGGUGUAAGUUAAAUUUCAAUUUUUAUUAACAUGAUUAUUUUUAUUCUGAUCGAACGUCUUGAGAAAGUCAUACCAAGAGGAGAACUACGUAAUGGUAUGCAUGUAACACUAGCAGACUGUUGUUUUGGGGAUUAUUUAGCAUGAUAUUUGACCGUACAUCACAAUAUACCGAACGUUAUUUUCCUUAUGUCCGCAUUUUCAGGUGACUUGAAUGAGUUGGUGGAAAGCACUACUUUGGCUUAUUUCAACGUCGCAUUUUGUAACGCAGACUUGGAACAUUUCAAAUGAGCAAAUCUGCACACAUCAGGUUGUUUUAAAUUGUGUGUGAAACCUGGCAGAUUUCUCCUAUUACAUUUUUUUAUGUGCUGCUCAUGAAUGCAAUUUCUUUAAUAUCUCCAUUCAGCUAUAGAAUGUGUGCUAGACAGAAGAAAAAAAAAAAGGACUAGCCAAAGAUGCUAACAAGAGUCCUCAGCACAUUCUACUUAACCAACUGCAAAAUGGUCUCUAAUAGGGUCAUUCAAGGCAUGGACAAACAAA